AGCCACGAAGAAGAAUGUGUUGAACACGGAAGUUAAUAUUUUACAGGAAGCCAGCGUAAGCUUCCUUUUGUUUUGUUUUGUCUUUGUUUUCUGUAUCAAACUGAUCGUCAUUUUCUCCAGAGCAGUCUGCUAGAUUCAUUAAUACGUUAUCGUUCACCUGAUUUGUUUCUAUUAAGUUGAUUUUUUAAUGACAGUUGUCGACAUUUAGGUUAGCUGUGAGCUAGCUUCACAGGCUAACAACAUAGCUAACAGGCCUGAAGGCCUCUGUCCAUUGUUUGCCCGUCACUGAAAUACAUCUCCUCUUUAUAUCAAGCAGAUAGUUUUAAGGUAAAACGUCGUUUGGAAACAUUAAAUACCACAGUGGACAUAGCGCAAAGGCCGCUGUCAUCCGUUCGUCGCCCAGGUAACGUUAGCUGUACCGGCUAACAGUUGUUAUUUUGGCCAGUCAAUUGGGUAACCGUACCAACGGGUCGAGUAGUACAGUCGCUUUUUCUGUCAAUAAAAGGGAAUCAGACACUACAGUAAGGAGAUCGGAUGAGCAUGUAUGCCCCACCGGGUUCAGCUGUUCCUGGAGGCCGGAGGAGAAGAGGGGGCUCCUCCCUGCCCAAGCAGCCGGAGCGGAGCCUGGUGUCGGCUCUGCCCGGAGCUCUGUCCAUCACCGCGCUGUGUACGGCUCUGGCGGAGCCGGCCUGGCUCCGGGUCCACGGGGGCACUUGUCAGAGACAAGAGCUGGGGGUGGCGGACGUCCUGGGGUACAUUGACCCCAAGCUGCUGGACGAUUACUGUGUGAACCCGCAGACCAUCCUGCUGAUGAGGGUGAUCGCCGCCUUCUGUUUCCUGGGCAUCUUGUGCAGCCUGACUGCUUUCCUCUUGGACGUGUUUGGACCCAAGCACCCCGCCCUGAAGAUCACACGAAGAUAUGCAUUUGCACAUAUUCUCACAGUGUUGCAGUGUGCCACCGUCAUAGGCUUCUGCUACUGGGCCUCGGAGCUCAUCUUGUCACUACAGCAGCAACACAAAAAGUACCACGGCUCACUCAUAUACGUCACGUUUGCCAUCAGCUUCUACCUGGUGGCAGGGGCAGGUGGAGCCUCUAUCCUCGCCACAGCUGCCAACCUACUGCGCCACUACCCCACCGAGGAAGAGGAGCAGGCUUUAGAGCUGCUCUCGGAGAUGGAGGAUAGCAGUGAAACUUUUCCUGCUGAUUAUGACAUUGCCAAUCAGUUUCAGCCACCGCCUGCCUACACGCCCUAAUGCCGCCAGACUGGCCUUGUUAACACUUGCUUCUCUCUCAGCACGGCUAUUGGCUUGAUGAGCAAAUCCCACUCUUUAUCAAAAGGAUAUCUUCGCAAAUACUCUCCAUAAUGAACACAGUGUGCACAGUUAGUGCACACACUAUUGACUGACAGCUUGGGUGCAUGAAAGCUUUCUGUAGUGGUGGCAGACGUUUAGAUGAUGAUGAUGAUAAUGAUGAUGAUGUCUCACCACUGAAGUUGUUAGUGAUUUGCAUGUAAAUGGCUUUUAGGAUUUGGUUCUUACAUGUAAAGGAAACUAAAAGUGCAAGGAGGGCUCAACAUGGCUCAUUCUAAGUAAUUGAUGAAACAGCCCCAGCCUGAUCAGUACCAAUUAUUGAGGCCGGGCUGUCGGCCGAUUGGUUGGAUCAAGCUUUGUUAAGCAUCAUUUUGUUUUAAUUUUCGAUAAGCUUGCCGUGUAUAUGAUUUUAUUUUUCUGAUACAUAAAAAAUGCGGAAAUACACUGAGAUUGUUUUAGACAUGUCUUUCAUAUAAAGUAUCAUUAUGGACCUUAUUUAUUAUUUCUUUUUCUGUGCCGUCUUCUUUUUCAUUCUUCUGCUUUGUAGGCACCUGAUGUCACUGGUUUAGUCUUAUUUAGUCACAGCUUUACUUGAAAUAACACAAGAUAAUUGUCUAAAAAUGUGAGGCCUGUCUUUGUGGUGUUUUUUAAAAGGAUAAUGGCAAGUGUUGUGUUUUGAAAGCUAGCAGCCACAGAGAAAUGGAGAAACAUGUCUGUUUGUUUCAGAAUGAGAGACCUUUAGUAACAGGAACCUCAUCUCAUAUGUUGGUUGUUUCUUGUAUUUGAUUUAAAAAAGAAAUACGAUUUCUUCUUUGUGAUGUGACCGUUUCAGUAUGUGGUUUCUUUUUAUGCAAGAGUUAUCUCGUGCACAUUUUAAACCCUACAGGCACAAUGAUUAUGAGAACACUUCACAAAGGGUGCUGACUGAGGCUUAAAACGUGAUUGAUGUGGUGACUAGUUGGUUGUAUAUUGUUCUGUUUACUCCAUUUCUGCAUUUCGUUCUUCAAAUUCUCAUACACUUUUCAUCCCCAGUAUGUACAUAUUGAUUGUUUCUACAUAAAAAGUGGUCAUAAUAAAAUAUAAUGCCAUA